CCUAUUUGCUUAUAACUACCUUUCUCUUGUGUAUUGUAAACUGAAUUGAAACUUAACAAGUUUCACGUUUACCAUAUAUAUACAGUCUAAUUAUAAUCAAUAAGAUGAGGAACCGUUAUAUUGGUGUAACUCUCUUGGCCGCUCUUGGUUUAGCAGUUUCUCAACAGUUAUACUCUAGAGAGAUUGCAGAUGAUGACGAAGUCCUUCGAAUUCAAAACCAGCUCAGAAGAGAACUUAUUGCCAUCAAGGAUAAAGAGACCGACUUGGCUAAGACAGUCCUUCGAAAUCAAGAUGAAAUAUACCAGCUCAAAAGAGAACUUGUUGCCAUCAAGGCACGGUUCCCAAAACAGCAUUCUUGUCCACCACGUUGGACUAGUUUUGAAACAUCCUGCUACUUGGUAUUGAAAGAAAAGAAGAUGCACGAAGAUGCCGCUAUGCACUGCAUACGAUAUGGUUCCAAAUUGGUGGAAAUCGAAACGGCGGAGGAAAAUGAGUUUAUAAGAAAUAAUCUACUGAGGCCGUCAGAUGACAAUGUCCAUUUUUGGACUGGUGGAACAGAUGCUGAUGUUGAGGGAAACUGGAUUUGGUCAAUGACAGGAAAACCCUUUACAACGUUCGAAAGCUGGAAAACUGGUGAACCAAAUAAUGAUUAUAGAGGAAAGGAAGAAGAUUGUCUGGAGUUUAAAAGAAAACUAUCCAAAACUUGGAAUGAUGCAGUAUGCAACUUUACCAAACCAUUCAUUUGUGAGAAAAAUGUUUUCUAUUAAAAAGUUGCGCACCCA